UGCGUGACCCCCAACUCCCCAGGCAGAGGCUCCUUUUGUUAAACACAACGAAGGCUAUGGAGUUGGAAGGCGAAGACGGUUCAAGGAUUGCAUUACAAGAUGGCCAGAAGAAGACCGUGUUCGGACGAGGCUUAGGCUUCCACACCAACGACAGAACUGUGUCUCGUCGUCAUGUUCUCCUUGGAGUUUUAACCUCGGAGGACAAGAGCGGGAGCCAAACGGGGCCUAAGGUCUCUUUUGAGGUUGUUGGGAAGAACCCCAUUUGGGUACGGGAAAGUGGGGGUGGAGGAAUAAGGGUUUUCAGGCGGGAUGAGAGCGGUGUCGUGGCGCCUGGCGAUUGGCUUUGCUUCUCUGGGAGGACUCCCGUUUGGUUUACUGUCAGGGGAAGUGGGUGUGGAGAGGGAGAGAAGAGGGUUUUGGGGUGUAAGAAUGGGUUGGAUGCGAAUUUGAGAAGUGGGUUUGAUGUUUCGGAGAUUGACCCCGUUAAAGAGUUUGGUUUUCUUGUGAUGGGGCAUGAGUUUGAUAACUAUCCCAAGCAAAUGAUCCGUGAUAUAAAAUAUUGGGACUGGUUUCUUGAGGAACCUAGAAGAGAUAGUGAUGAUGAUGAGUAUCUCGAGAAGCGGGGAAAGAGGGGUGUGAUGAGAAAGAAAAGGAAAGCUGAAGGCAACAAUGAUGAUGACUGGACCGGUGAGAGUGAUGAUGACAACGAACUUGUUGCAAAACUAAGAAAGAUUGACAAACCUAAGUAUUCUACAAGAUCAAAAGACUCUGACAAACCUCACGAGGAGGACAAAGCUAGGAAAAGUUCCUGGCAAAAGAAAACUGGAGGUGCAAAUCAAGAAGAUGUAGAAAAUAAAAAUGAGGAUGAUGAAACACUUGGCGGCUUUAUUGUUGUUGAUGAUGACGUAGAACAAGAAGAAGAAAUUGACGAAGAUGAAGAGGAGGAAUUUAUUGAAGAUGAUGAUGGCGAUGGGGAAUAAAAAGAUGAUUAAUGCCAAUAGAAGGAGCAGGUAUAUCUUUUCUGGAAUACUCAUACUCAAGAUGGGUAGUUACUAUCAUUACUAAUGGAUGACUACUUUUGUAUGUGUAAGUGAUUAGCUUGUCAGAAUGGAAAUUUCAUUUUAUGUUGUAAAAUAUGGUGUCUUUUAAAAGUUAUAAUGUGCAAAUUAAAAGUCUUUAACAAUAUGUUGCAUCCAAAUGAUUUUUUGGUUACUUGUAAUGUCUACAUCGCAUUUUCUGUAUGCGGUUUCUAUUUAUUAUUCCAGAAAUUUGUAAGUAUGCCUCUUGAAAAGGUAAAACCAGGGGUAUGGGUUAAUCUCUUCAAAAGCUCUUAAUAGAAAUUUGUUGCUGCAUUAUUGGGAUUGUUACUUUUGGGAAGGUUGCUAUGGCAUCUUCCAAAAGAAAAGUGGCUUCUUGGACUGAGUCAAUGUGUUCUAAACCUGCUUCUAUAACUCAGGUGGAUGGGAGAAAGAGUUGCCAGUCAUUU